UGAAUAGACAAUUACCAUAAUAUCAUGAAUCUGAAUUGUAAAUAAAAUUAAAAUUUUAAUAGGAAAAUCUAGCAAAAAUAAAAGUAAUUAUUAAAAUGUGAUGUUUUUAAAUUAACAGUUGACAUAAACUGAAAUGUAAAAAUAAUACACUGAAAAUGGACAUUACAAGUUGCCCAUAGCUACACAGCCCCUGUUAAUAUUGUAAUUAUUGAUUGAACACAUAAAAAAUAUUUUUUAAAUAUGUCGGAUAUCGAACAAUCUGCAUGCACUGUCGUUAUUCCUACUGAAAUCCUUUUGAGUAUUUUCCGAUAUCUUGCACCAAAGCACUUGGCUACUUGUAGAUUGAUUUGUAAUCGUUGGAAGCAGAUAAUUGACGAUGUGUCUCUCAGUGAUAAGUUCUGGUAUCGAUGCUGCAAAUCUGAGUUUCCUUCGAUCUUUAAUCAAGUUAUGUAUAAAGCAAAAGCAGGCAUAACAUGGCAUAAAAUUUAUCGAUCCUUAUAUUUAUGGUCUAAAUUCCUAGAAGCCUCUGAAACGGUAGAUGAAUUCGCAUCAGCAUCAAAUAUUUCACAGGAAAUACGCGAUAUUAAAGUUCUCAGAGAUGGCUUGGUAGCUGUCCACACUCGAGAUGGAAUCAAUUACUAUGACUUGGACACACUUAAGUAUUCCACUAAAUGUAAGUCUAUAAUUGGUAGUUACACAAGCUAUUCAGAAAAUGACAACUUUACUAUAUACAUUGAUAUUAGUAAUUGUCUUAUUGUUGUCCGCAAGAGAAGACAUCCAGGGCAGGAAUCUAGAAUAAUUAUAAACAAUGUACAAAAAUUUCUAUUGAAUGAUAUUAGAUUGUUUUAUGUAACACAUGAUAAUGAAAUUCAUAUGUGUAACUUAAGUACAAAUGACCUACAGUCAUUAUUCUUAAAGAAGUUUGAGGAACAAGUGAUGACUUUAGGUUAUAGCAAUACCCUUAAUGUGUUAACGUAUGAAAGAGAAAUUUAUUCCUUAGUAGAUGGUAUCUUCAAAUUACAAUGCAAUAUAGAAAUAGUUCCAAACAUGCAACAUAUAUUGUGGAAAUACAAUUUGCUGGAAAGAAUGGACUGGAGGGUCUAUAUACAAUGGAUGUAUAUUUUAAAUCAUACAAUUCAACAAAUCCUGUUGAAAGAUAUGUUAAUAAUAUAUCCAUAUGGUGAUGUGUUUUUUGUUGGCACUACAUGGGGUGUUUUCAGAAUUUACUACAAACCAUAUGUAGAUGGUGAAUUUGACUUGUACCACUCUGUACCAAUUAAGCAAUAUAACUUUGCUGAGCGUUCUGAUUGUCCUGUGUUAGCAAUGAGUCCAAUUUUCCAAAUUGAUGUGGUGGAAACUGAAGAUGGGCAUAUUGUAUUGGUGGCAAUGCCAAAGAAGAUAGCUGUUUUAUAUUAUACACAUGUGUUUAAGCAAUCACCAACCUGGCCUGUGUUGCCAUUUAUGGAAGUACAAGAUGUCACAAUCAAAAGUAACUGAUAUAGUAAUCAUUUUUAAACUUGCUUGUAAAUUUAUCACAUUGCAAUAAAACUCGGUACUAAAUUUUUAUAAGAUCUUGUAAAGUUUUUUAAUGUUUAUAUUAAUUCAUUUUUUAAAUUUUAAUAUAAACAA